AGUCGAUAAAGCAGGAAACCUAACCUCAAUUUGUGUAUUUACGCUGUCAAUUGUAGUGACGAAGUUAUUUUGAAUCUUUUAAGAUGUAUUCGCCGGUUUUAGUGGAAAAUUAUACCCAAAAUCCUUCCCCUCAUGAUUGGAUGAAUGCUGCACAUAGUACGGGGACUUCGAUUAUGGCAGCGGAAUUUAAAGGGGGUGUUGUUAUUGGGGCUGAUUCCCGCACAACAACCGGUGCUUACAUAGCAAAUCGUGUUACGGAUAAAUUAACGAAAGUAACCGAUAAUAUAUAUUGUUGCCGAUCUGGAUCAGCUGCUGAUACACAAGCAAUAGCGGAUAUUGUAUCUUACCAUCUUAAUUUUCAUGCAAUGGAACUUGGUGAGCAACCUUUAGUGGAAGUAGGGGCAGCUGUUUUUAGAGAGCUUUGUUACAACUACCGAGAUUCUCUUAUGGCUGGGAUUUUAGUCGCUGGUUGGGAUAAACGUAAAGGUGGUCAAGUUUAUUCGAUUCCAAUUGGGGGAAUGUGCGUUCGUCAACCAGUUUCUAUUGGGGGAUCUGGAUCUAGUUAUGUUUAUGGUUAUGUUGAUGCUCAUUAUAAGCCAGAUAUGAGUGAAGCUGAAUGCGUCCAAUUUAUAACUAAUACCCUUGCUUUGGCUAUGUCACGAGAUGGAUCAUCUGGAGGUGUAGUACGUUUGGGGAUUAUUACAGAGAAAGGUAUUGAGCGCAAAGUCGUUUUAGGGGAUGCUUUACCCAAAUUUUUUGAGGGUUAAUUUGUAGUAGGAUUUGAUGUGAUUAUUUUAUAUUAAAUGUAAUAAUUCCAAAAAAAUAAAUGCGUAAAAAAUUACUUACCUUGUAUAGCAACGCUUAAAUCAAUAGAAUUAAAACUGUUGCUGCUUAA